ACCGGGAUGUGCUGAACCCUCGCUUGUGGCCGACUUCCCUGUAUUGUAACCCGCUUCCCUACUUCGUGCUCUCGCUCCCGUUCUCGCGGCGCCCUCUCGUCUCUUCCCUUCCCUCCUUUUCGCGUCUUCAGGCCGACGACGACGACGACAACGACGACGAAUACGACGACGACUAUCGCGAGCGUUGUCCACCCACGGCGUCGUAGAACCGGUACUCUCCUUGUCACCAUGACUGAUUCGCUUCUUGCUUAAUACUUUUCGAACCUCUUCUUUUUUGACAGUACCCAUUGAUUGGGUCGCGCCGCUCUUUUUUGGUCUACCUCGCUCACGCCGCCGCCGCCAUGGCGACUCCCGGUUCAACCCAGGCCCUCCUGGGAGCCUUCUUUUUUGGCAUAUUGUUUAACGCGGCAUCAGCUGCCAUGGUGUUGUAUAUUAUCGGCCAUGGUUCAGCUAUCUUCCGGGACGGCCUGAGGCUGGUCCUCAUACUGUUUCUGGCGUCAUCCGCCGCUUGGGCGCUCGUCGAGUUCCUCGCGACUAUCAUCGAGCCAACCGCGGCAUCGACAUGUCAGGUCGCAGCCGUCUUUUCUUCUCUUUUCGAUCAGCUAGCAAGAUUUUCCGUCGAGCAGUACUUGGUAUGGGCAGUACGGACAGAGAACAAAUCUAUCGCCGGAUUGGUGCCGCAGGUACUAGUUCUGGGUCGGUUCGGUGUUGGUAUGGCAUUUGCGGGGGUGACCGGGAGCGAUUUCAACCCAACAUGUGUGCCCAUAUCCAAUGUGCCACCCGUCUCUAUUACCGUCAUCGUCAUAGAUGCUCUCAUUAUCGGCCUGGUGGCCAUCCAACUCUUCGUGACGGGUGUAGCGAACAAGAAGAAGAGUGUUACCUUGGUUAUCCUCGGAUUAGCCAUAUGGACCGGGAUGAGCGUUGUUCUCUUGCUAGGCAUGAAGACAACUGAACUGGUUUUAAAGACAACACUCCCCGCCGUUGGUCUCGCGAUUUUAGUAGCACUGGUCACUGUGCUUUCGGGGACGCUCGUUGAUCCUCGAGGCCCGCCUCCACGACGCCCGGAUUCACCAACUUCCCGGGAUAUCGGUACGGGCAGAGACAUCUCGUCUUCGGAUUCCACCGACUACCCCCCUUCUCGCUACGAGGAUGUCAAGGGUAUGAAUGUGAGGGCCAUCCCUGCGUAUACCUCCCGAGGCGAUGGCGGGGUCGCGACGUCCGUGACUGGAGCUGGUGGGUUUCUGCAAAGGAAUGCCUUAAAGGGAAAUCCAUGGGCGAAAGCGACCUCGGGAAAGCUCGUCAUCUCGAACCCGGUUCUCAUUGCGACAGAAGGUAUGGAAAACGCCUUAGGAAGAAUACCAACAGUCGACCUUGUCACCGCUGCGAGUAACGAAAAGGAACGCCGGACCAAACAGGCGCAGGGCGAAUCGGUUCUCAUCGCGCAACGGACGGCUCCGAAGCCUCCGGUUAUUGAUGGAGAGAGUAAUAUGAGGCGGAAAGAGGUGGCACCCUCGUCCUCGGCAGAGUUGGUGAGGACCGUUUCCAACAAGACCACUGGGACGCUCGGAGGGCUCUCUGUCGAAGUCCAUGCGUCGUCCACUUCUUCAGAGCUAUCCCCCGGGAUCGACAAGAUUCGAAGGAGAUCGCCGGGUCAGCCUAUGGUACCACCGAUUCCCUCCGUGUUCCGGCCAGUUCGACCGGGCGAGCCGAUCCGUAUACCCAUCCCAAGACCUCAAGAACCGCCCGAGCUACCGAAGUUUCCCGAGCCACCAAUAACUCCUCUCCAGCGACGUGCGACAACGGGCCUUCCUUCGAAUCCCCGUGCCCAAGGUAUGAAGGCGAUCGCGAAAGAAGCUCGCAGUCAGAGGCAAGAAACUGUAAUGUUCGUCAAUGAUAUCGUCUACGAUGACCCGAGCGCCGUGAAAAAUAUCGUGCAAGGCGCUUCGAAAACACCGACAGGAGAUCUGGAUUCCGACGAUUCCGUCGUUAACCGCCCGCGCCCGAUUCCCAGAAAGGGCGAUACUGAUCGUCAAGUCUUUCCCGUCGAGCAAUCCCCCACCGGCCACAGGCGAUCGAAAUCGGGCAGCUCACUUACCAGCGGAAAAUCUAUACUGAGAGCUGUGCCUGGAGACCCUAUCCAGUUGCCGCCCUUGCCACCGGCUCCGACGAAGAUUUCUGAUGAUGCGCCGCGGCCUCUUCCUAACGAUACGAAGAGUAUGACUUUUGAUGAGAAGAUGGACAUCUUGUAUAUCACCCCCCUAAGCGCUCCCUUGGCGGCACCCGCCAUGACCGAACAGCAGUCUGAGGUACCUGAGGUCCCUCCAAUGCCAACGGAGUACGUGAUGGAUGUGCGACUACCUGCCACUGAGGAUAUUCACAGUCCUGAGACGGAUGGUGGAAGUAUAUCCAAAACAACCGACAGGAGUUCCGUACGAACCGCGAGUAUUCUUGGAAUUGAGGCUGUCCCGCAACAACACAUACAGAAAAAUUCCGCCUCUCGCAAUGCGACUAAUAAGCUAGAGCAAUCCUGGCUUACCGGCCCAUCAGCUGAGAAUGAAAGACAGCAGCGUCCAUCUAGAGAUAAGACGAAUCGAGGGUCGUCUCCAGUCCUCCCCGUAGUUAGCCAUUUCAGCAUUUCCACCAUGAAGAGCGACAGGAAAACUCGGGACGAAGACUUGAAUACCGCCUGGGGCUCUGUGCACUCGCCAGUUGCCGCCGUGGAUGUUCAGCUUGCCCGAUUGAAUGCUCGCUCAACAUAUAUCGGAAAGAAUUCCCAGGGAGACGAGAAGGAAGCAGUACAGAAUAUCCCCUCGACCGUGGUUGACGAGUCCGUGAUAGCGAAGCCGGACACACCGAAGGAACAUCCCGAAAGUAACCAGGAAUCACUCUCUAACGAUGAAGAUACCAGCGCCCCUCCCGUACCCUCGGCCAUCGAACAGGCCAAACUGGGCCAUUUCCAUCAUCGAAUUGGGGACGAGUGCCCUACAUUCUCUACUAGGGCGGUUAACGGGCGGCUGAGAAAAGCACCUCCGCCGGCGCCUUUGAUUCUGCGUGGGAACGGCGCGAGACGGGCAAUCAUUGUGCGACCAGCUGAACCUUCACCACUAGAGUCUCCCGAAGCUGCAUAUCAGAUGAUCCAAGCGCAAUUACAACGAUUUGAGCAGCCAAGCCGGGAUUCGGUGGAGAGCUCGAGCCAACGCCUCGCGCUCCUGGAUAACUUGGAACGAGAGAUGGGUCAACUAGAAAACAAGUGGCAAUCCUCGCAGAACCGCCUUGAUCGUGAUUCUAUGUCGAGCAUCCACACGUCUCCGAGGAAAUCCAGACCAGGUUCACUGCUAAGCCGGUUAGCCCGAGAGCCAUCGCAACACACAAUAGCCGAACGUAGAGCAUCGAGGAGAGCAACGCUCAGCAAAAGUGGUACCACGCUUCCCAAAGAAGAAGGCGUAAGUAUGGCAUCCCAGGCCUCAGGAUCAAGUUCUGAGAGCCUCCACGCUAGCGCGUGGCAGGCUCGUCUUUCCGAGGCUCAGAUGGAGUAUGUGAAGAGCACACCUGAUCUGACCGCGAAGCGCAACAAUCUAAACUUCCUGUCGGUCUCCAAAGCCUCAUUAGGAAGCCCAAGUCCCCCGGAUACUAAUGAAUCUGAACUCGAGAACGAAGCAAAUGACAGAGGCUCACACCCCUCGAGCCCCAAGAUCGAUGAGCCGGUGCUUCCGAUUUGCAAGCUCUGGAAACCUCAGUCGCCUCUUCGAGGCACGGCUGAUUCGGGUCUCUGGGUAUCAACGGCCAAGAAACAGCCUGUGAGUGGUGAUGUGGAGGCAUUGCCGAGCUUGUUCGCGCGCCCGGCGAUCCGAAAGACUUUGGCAUCGUUGGAAAUUCAGAGCUCCAGAUUAUGGCAAAAGCCGGCUGAGGCGAACAAUUCUGGUUCUACAAAUGGACUGUGGAAGAAGUUCGUCCCGCCAACAGAAGUUCGGACCCGUCCAGUCACCAUCCGACCACCUCGCAAGAACAAACGCUUAACUCAAUUACCCGAUAUUCUGGAAAAUCCCGAGCCUCUGCCCAAUAAGCGGGGAACACUCGGUCUCUUCCAGUUCCCUUGGGGCGAGAAGAGCGAGCAUGCCAUUAUCCAUCCUCCGACCACCAGCAUGUACAUGGCCAUGCCGGGGACCAUGACUACUGGAGGCAUAACUUUCCCACCUUCUCUAGAGGCCAAUUCCAAGGAUGCGGGGGCCGACGAAUUCACAACAUCCUUCUUCGACGAUUACGAAGCGGAAGAAGAGGACGAUAACCUUGCUUACUUGGACAGCGAAGACGAAGGUGAUGAUUUUGACGAGAAUACCCUCUGGGAGAUUGCGAGCCUACUCAAGGCUGACGGCUCUUCCCCGAACAACAACCUGUUCCCCUUUCCACCGAAAACACCGGAGUCGGCUAACGCUUUCGGUUCUUCUGACUAUAUCGCGGAGGUGCUAGCUGAGCAAUAUGACGACGACGACAAUGACGAUGAUAAUUUGGUGAAAGAGGAGCCGAUUCCAGUCGACCGCGUUUCUCUCCUGCCGAAGCAGGUUGAUUCCACUCCGUCUUUGCUCUGGGCUCAACGCCAGGCAUCAAAGACUCGGUCUCUUGGCCUCCCCCAACCAGAUUCCGCUAUUUGGAAGGGCUAUGCCCUGGAGUCUUUCAUCGUGGUACGGUCGCAUUCUCGCCCCGAAGAGAUCGGCUUGAUUCAGAGCGACGGGUUAUGGGCGCCGAAGACUCAAGGCGCCAACGUAACAGCAGCCGCUAAGCUACUGUGGAACGCAAGUACGUCACUCCAGAAGGAUAUCACUCUGGCAUCGGUCGGGGCAUCGUUAUGGGAGAAACCUGCUCUCGUAUGUGCUCCUAGUACCCGGGGUGGGCUGUUCGACCUCAGCACACCACGAAUCGACUACCGGAGAACGACAAAUGAACCGGCCGCUAUCUCGAUGACGAGAAGCCCCCGCAUAACUAGGGAACCGUUGCCGACGCUUGCGACGAAUAGUCUCUGGACGGACGAGACAACGAAGAACGCACUCUCCAUAUCUGUUCACCUCGCCGAGGUUUCAGCACCAAUUCUGUCGACAUUAUUAUGGGAGCCCACCCCAGUCGCGUCAAGCUCAGACUACGAAGGUCUUUUCGACGCCACUACUAUCCGAACCGAUUAUCGCAGGACAUCUAAACUUCCAGCGGCAAUCGUCAUAGCUAGGAAACCCCGAAAACUGAAUGAAUAUCUCGCGAGUUUGACAAGUACGCGACUAUGGGAAUUGCAGCUCGUUUCAACUCAUAGCUCUCCCUCUGAGGUAGCUACUUUAUGGAGCCAGCCUGCUGUGCCUGUGUCUAUCACACCUAAGUUGUUCCAGCUCGAUCCCGAACGUAAGGUCUACCGAACGACAUCAGCAGAGCCAGCAGCCAUCCAAAUCGACCGAAAACCUCGACUAAUCAGCGAGCCUCUCCCGAGUCUUGAGUCGACUGAGCUUUGGAUGGGUGGCCAGACCACCCCAACCCAGAUAACUUGGAUCACUGUAUCUUCUAUGCAACCCCGGUACCCCUCCGUUGCUCCUGUAGCUAUCGAGAGCAACCCCAGGACCAUGGACGUCCUCAGAGCCUCUUACCCUCGGGAUUGGGACGCAGCCCUCCAAGUUGCCAUCAAGGAAAGUCACGUGACGCCUGCUAUCACCCGCAAACCAGCGUCGCCUCGAGACUGGCAUGUCGCACUUCAUGAGGCCGUUUCUGCCUCCUAUCCCCAGAUCAGAUUCUCGCGGGGUCAGGCUCCACCGGCACAAUGGGAAGCUAUGCUCAAGGAGGCUCUUAGUAGAAGCCAGUAUCCUCAGCCUGAGGCCGGCUCUGAUAUCGCCGUCCAGGGUCCCGUGUACUUUACGUCUCCAGCACCAAAGCCUCUACUAUGGGCCGGGUUAGCAGCUCAGACGAGUACAAUGUCCCGUAAGGGUCUCUGGACUCCCUCUACUAGCUCUAGCUCUGCCUCGAGGAGUCGGACAUCAUCGCCUCCCGCUGCCGUCACUGAAUUGCCACGCCCCCGGCGGAAGAGCAGCGAAAAUUCCGAAUCCGUCGAGGUCCGUGCCGAUUUCAGCAACCAGAACAUGUGGAAGCGCACCAGCAGUGAGGAGUUGCAUCCCCAGGACCGAGACUGGCUAGACGACUCGAUGAAGAAACGUUUCUCGCGCAUAGAGCUUCGAUAUUAAGAUUCGAAAAUAUCGAGAUUUCCGAGUUCAAGGUUUGAGUAAACUAGCGAACGGUGGUGGUGUUACGGAGGAAGCGUUUUACAUAUUUACCUAGAGCAUAUAACCUCAUCAUACCCACAUAUGGAUAUAUAUACCCCUUUUCUUUUCGAGGCUACAUAUGUAUGUAUAUACCUGCUGACCUUGUCUACAUGUAUAACAACAAAACAUCUAAUGGCUUGUAUCUGUCAACCUGUCCACUGUGUAUCUAAGAGCUCCGGCUGGAGCAUGAUACUUCUCUCGUUCUCCUUGGCUUUAUCUUCCCAUUCAUCACAUAUACCUAUAUGUAUUACGUUCUUUUAUGUUUUUACAUGUACGUACUGUAUGUAACGGGCAUGCAACGCAGCGUUUGACGCUUGACGGGCCAGGAUGGUAUAGCAUACAUACUAAAUUUGAUAAAGGU